UCCUCCUUCGUAUCCCCGGCGAAACGAAGCUCGCCCAGUUGUCAUGGCCGCACUGUAGCUGUCCUGGCCCUGCAUGCAGCCAGCGUGUGUGGUGGGCAAUGUGCCGAGGAUGACGAGAAUCCCUGCUUUUGCCAAGGAUCCACGUGUUUCCGUGUGAGCGAUGGAGAACGACGCCGUGCCAGCGAAGAGCAGGUUUAUGAACGCCAGGGCCUCUGGGAACAAGGCUUACAUCCCCACGGAUCUCGAACACAUAGCGAACGUACUUACUCACGCUCUGUCCGUCGUCCCCAGCCUGAUCGGCAUGUUCCUGCUGCUGCAGCGGUCGGACACCAUGUGGAAGUUCAUCAGCGGGUUCGUCUACGGCGCAGCCCUGGUGGCCCUCUUCCUCAUCUCCACUUUCUUCCACUACGUGUUCUACACCAGGAGAUUCAAGCCUCUUAAAGAAAUUCUUCAUAUGUGUGAUCGUGCCAUUAUUUAUAUAUUUAUUGCAGCAUCUUAUACACCAUGGCUGCUGUUGAAAGACGCCGAGAGGAAUUUUUGGACGCAAAACCUUAGUUGGAUCGUUUGGACAAUGGCUGUGCUGGGAAUCACUUACCAAUACUUCUUCCAUGAAAGGUACAAAACAUUAGAAACAUUAUUUUAUCUCAUCAUUGGAAUAACACCAGGAUAUGCAUGGUUUUACAUGCGGGAAAAGUCUGGUCUGUGGGAGCUAUGUAUGGGAGGCUUGGUCUAUAUAGCAGGCGUAAUGUUUUUCAAAUGUGAUGGGCGCAUUCCAUGUGCGCACGCCAUUUGGCAUCUUUUCGUGAACAUCGGAGCAACCUUCCAUUUUUAUGCAGUGUAUACACACCUCAUGAAUACCGAUCACCAGCCCAAGGAGGUCUCAUCGUGAUACAUUUCAAUUUAAAAUGUUUUAUGAAUGAAUUCAAAAGCAGAUUCUUCAAAUGAGGGGUAUCAAACUGAGACAGACGAACAAACGAUUGCAUAAAUGUUUUCUUCAAAAUUUUUACUUCCGUAGAAGUAAGGUAAGUUUAUUGGAAUGUUGGUUUUGUUUAUUACGGAUAAAAGCCAAUGGUCAAUAUUGAUGUUUUAUAAUAAACUUUCAGUGCAAUAAAUUGGAUUAAAUGAUUUUCGUAUAGCUAAACAAUAGUUUAAUCAAGCUACAAAAAUUUUCUGUAAGCAAAUUAAUAUUAAAUUAGCAUAACUGCAUGAGGAGCAACAAUCUUUCAUUGCAAAUAAACACGUUUUGAGGAGCAAGAGCACUUUCUUGUGUAUUUUGGUGACUGUAGAGCUUAUGAAAAUUUUUAAAUUAUUAUAAUCAAGAAAACUCGAUGCGUUUCCUUUAAUGGAGUCCCAGGGAAGAGGGAAAACGUGAAAUUGCCAAAUUUUAGGGAUAACUUCACAAAUGAUACUUAGCCAUGAAUGUUGACUUUAAGGGGAUAAUGGACUUUGAAAUAAGCAAAGAUGAACAGAUAUAAGAAAUUUAAAAAAAAAUAGUGAUUCCACUAAAAUAGCCAAUAAAAUAAUUCAACUAAAAUAGUGUAAUAAGAUAUAUUGUUCAAUAAAAUGAAUAUUUGAAGGGUCUAGACAUAACAACUCGCAUUUUGAAUACUUUCCUCAAAAUGAUAUAGUAAUCGGAUUUAAACAUCUUUGAAAUGUUCCAAGUGUCUUACUUUUUGAAGAAAUUAAAUAGAAUUCAUAAUAAAGAUUUCGAUUCAACAUUAAAAGAAAAUAGGGUACACAUUUUAUAUUUCGAGUUUAUUUAGAUAGUUAAAAGUCAAUUUCAGUUCUGUAAAACAUAAAAUUUCUAUGAAAAUUCAGUGAGCGAGCAUAAAAAUAUUUCUAAAAAAUUAACAUUUAAUUGAAAUUACAAAUCAUACAGAGUUUUAUUCCAAAUAAAUUUAUACUAAAUAAUAUGAAAAAAAAUUAAAAAUUGAGUC